UAGUUAUUAUUGGAACUCACGUGCCAGUCUGUGCUUUAGACUUCAUCCAGUAAACAUCUCAGAGGGCGGCCUGUGGAGCCACGACAGACGACCUCUGACACGGUAAUCUCACCUUAGUGUAAGCUGUGCUAUGGGAGGAGCGACUCAGGCCAAGCCCCUAAACCCCGCCGAGGAAGAGUUCGAGGUUCUUGACGUAAGAGGCACAGCACGCUCCAAGAUGUCGUGGAUCCAGCAGUUUGUGCAGGACUUGACCAGGGAACCGGUGACCAAGCAAGUGGUUGUGGGUGGUGUGUCAGGAUGGGUUGUAGGGUACCUGUCCAUGAAAGUAGGGAAGGUGGCUGCAACUGUUGUAGGAGGAAGCAUGAUCAUCAUGCAGCUGGCAGCUCACAAAGGAUACAUUCAAUCUCGGUCUCCUUCACAGGUCGACUGGAACCGCCUCAACAAAGACCUCGAGAAGAAUGCCAAGAAGCUGAAACGCGAAGUGGAAUCAAAUGUGAAUGGCAGUGCAGCAGAUCAGAGCACAUUGAAAGACACAGCACGUCGCCUAGACAGAAAGCUUGAGAAGGCAGCCGACAAGUUAGACCGCAAACUUGCACAAGCAGAACAAAAGGCUGACUGGUGGUUUAGCAAGAAAUUUGACUCGGCAAGAAAGAUGUACCGGAAGCACGUGCUGGGGGAUUCUAGCAACAUUACCGUAGAUGAACUUUAUAUGCUCAACAUGUAUAUAAUGGCAUUUUCAGUAGGAACAAUGCUUGGUGUGGGAACAGGCAAGGUUAUAUGAAGUUAUUAGACAGGAAAAUAUUGGAUCAUUAUUUUCCACAUAGCUGUGUGAUUUAAAAGGGCCUAUGUAUUGCUACAUAUAUUGUGUAUAGCAAGGUCUAACAGACAGUCAUUAAGUAUUCCUAUUUCUCCCAUGCAUGAUACUUUUAUUAUGUUAUAAGUCAGUGUAAGACAUGAAAUGCAAGGAAGGUAUAUAUAUAUAUAUUUUUUAAUGCAAUGUCUUCUUGAUGAUGGAAGAAGAAAGUGGUGGGGACAUGGUGAGUGUUCACCUCAGUAUUUUUUUUUUUUUUCCCUCCAAGGUCCCUCUAAGUUGCUGAGAUGGAUUAAUUUUACAAGCUUUAAGGACCAUCUUCCUCAGGAGGAGAAAAAAAAUCAUCUCCUCCAGAGCACCUUAGCAUCUACCUUCUGUCACUUAGCAUACAACUGUUUGUGUAUAUAUUCAUCCUGUAUACUCUAUACUGUAUACCCUAUACUGUAUAUCUGUAAAGGCAUGGGUUAUUAACAGAGGAUUCAGUCAACUAUAGGUCCUUCUGGUGCAGUUCUUUGGUUUGCUGAUGUAGGUUUUCUGUUGUGUAAGAGAUAUAGCUAUGGUCAUUCCUUCUAAUUUGAUUCUACUUUCUAGUGAUUCCAACUGAAGUUUUCAAGAGUGUAUCAACAAUCCAGUGAUCUGCUCUAAAUGCAUUCUAGUCGAUUGUAUUACAUUUUAUAAUGAAGUAGUAUUAACGAA